ACGUAGCAUUUGAAUUUCGUCGUGCAAUGCUUUUAGUUUGUCUUCGUGCCCCAAGAAACGCUAUACAAGGCAGCAGUGCUGCCGUUUCCAUCUGAAAUUGUUUGACGCGCUUUAUUUUACCUUUUUCUGAGACAUGCUUGCCGCUUGAGUGUUGACCAAAAAGAGAGGCUAACUAAAACACACACUUCCGGCAGGAGGAGGAGGAGAAUGCAUCUCCAAACCACGCACAAAACGAUUCAACCCGAGGCCAGACCCGCUAUGGAUUCCACAAUCUCCACGGCCUCCAGUUCCUCGGCAACUGCUGCCCCACAUUGCGAUGUGCGGCAGUUUCAUGGAUUGAUCACCUGUGGCCUCUGCCAGGGCUACAUGAUCGAUCCCACCACAGUGGACUAUUGCUAUCACACAUAUUGCCGCAGUUGCAUCUUGAAGCAUCUGCUGCGCGUCGCCUAUUGCCCGCAGUGCAAGGCCAGCGGCGGCAAGGAGAUCAGCGAGAUCAAUCUCAGAUCGGACGACACAUUGCGAUCUCUGAUCUAUAAGCUGGUGCCGGGUCUCUAUAGACGGGCGUGCGAUCAGCUGGCCGAAUUCACAGAGCAGCAUCGGGUCCUGUUCGAAGCGGACGACCAGCCGCCCGAGCCAGAGCCGGAGCCGGAGUUCUUUACAUCGUCGGAUCUUGUGAGUCUCUCCCUGGAAUACCAUCCGGCGAUGCUGGAGAAGUGCACGGCGGGCGAGGUGCCGCCGGUUAUCUACCUGCAGUGCCCCGCCGGACUGAAGGUGGAGCUGCUGCGGCGUUUCCUCUGCUCCAAGUACAACAUCGAUGCGGAGAACAAGCUGGUCGAGGUGGAGGUGACCUACGAGGACGAGGUGCUGCCCUCCAACUUCACUCUGAUGGACGUGGGCUAUUGCUACAAGUGGACUGGGCUUGCCCCGAUGGCCUUCUGCUACCGGAUUAUGGUGUACGAGAGCGAGCGAGCAAAAAACGACGAGAACAAUCUGUCGAAGAUUAAUAACCAAGACGUGGACAAUGUGCAGAAGGUGCGUCGCUCUAAGGGCGGGAAGUCGGUGACCUUCGCGGAGGACCUCGAGUCCGAGCUGGACUCGGCUCUGGUGUCGUCGGGGUCACCACGUGCCAAGGGACGCAGCAACAAGUCCUCGAAGCUGUCACCGCCCCCGAAGACCAAGCGCCUGGCGACGGCCAAGCGAGAGCUAGAGGACAGCUCCAGCUCCAGCUCGGUGAGCAGCUUCAAGAGUCUCCGGAGCAACGACAUGCGCUACAGCGACUAUGCCGUGGCCCGCGUCAAAAGCGAGCCGGAGCCGGAACCGGAUGCGACCGCCGAGCAGCCCCGAGAAUCGUCCGGCCUGCCCCCACACAUGAACAUCGUGGUCAGCAUUCCGCCCUCGCAGCUCAGCCGCUACGGCGACGAGGGGGACUUUGAGCUGAAGACGGCCAACAAGAAGGGGAACCUGCCUAAGCUGAAGAUCGAGCUCAACAGCAUGAGGAGCAAGCUGUCCAUGCCGUUGUCGGCGGAGCCUCGCCUCGAGGACACCACUCAGUGCUCGGUGCAGCAGCUCGACCUGGAGACCUACGCGAAGAACAUCGGCCUCAAGCCCAUUGAGCCCGCCCAUUCCGCCCCAGCGGUGGUCCCAGCGGACAGUAAAUACAGUCCGAACGCCUCGCCCAUGUCCUCGUGCUCCACAUCCACCAACGGCUCAGGGUCCGGUUCGAAUGGCCUUGGCACGACAGAUGUCAACACCUUCAUUUCCACCUCUAACUCCACCUCGGGCUCUGGCUCGGGCUCCCAUCGCAAGCGCAAGAAGAAGCACUCCAAGGAGCCGAAGGACGCGAACGGAAAGCGAAAGAAGCUGCACGCGGAGAUCUCCUCGCAGACCGACGGCAAGAUGAAGGUGAAGAUCACCUCCAAUCCCACCACCAACCACAAGGCGCACAAGCUGGACCUGAAGCGAUCCCACUCCCUGGCUGGCGGUGAACUGGGCCUCGGCUCCGCCAUCUCCCUCUCCCACCUGAAGUUGGACGAGACGACAGAGAGAGGCGCCACCAGCGACGUGCUCAAUCGGACGCUCGGCGAGGAGUCGCGCAGCAUCAGCAGCCUCAUGACCGGCGCUCCCACGCCGCCGCCCACGCCCACAGCGGAAACGGAAGUGACCAAGAUGGCGCUGGUGGCCAAGGAACUCUCGCUGCCGGCAUCGCCUCCGCUGCCGCCCAGCCUCUUCAAGGCCUUCACCCCAGCCACAUCCCCAGCAGCAAAUCCCACCCCAGCUCCAACCCCGCUCACCCCGCCGACGACUGCUGCUCCGGCGCCAAAGCCCAAGCAGCAGCAACAGCAGCAGCCGCUGCAGCAGCAACCGGCGAAGGGUGCCACGAAGCCGCCGCUGAGCAACAACAACAACCGGAAGCAGGCCCAGGUGUCGGCCCCCGGUGGACACUUUGUGGUGCCCCAGCCACCGACGCACGCCAAUCGCAACAUGUACCACAUGCAGCGCUACCUCUCGACCCCCAGCUCCAUCGCCAGUUCGGCCAACAAGCAGCCAAAGCGCUCGGUCUCCGUGGACGAGACCCUGGCCGGCGGCCAGGCCAAGCAGGCGCGUCUGCAGCAGGUUCAGGCGAUGGCCAGCUACGCGGCCCGCUUCCAGAUGCAGGCCAACGGCAACAUGCCCAAGGUGCCCGCCGCCUCCUACCAGCCCAAUCCCGCCCAGAUGCGCCUCUACGGCCCGGAGAUGGCCAAACAGCAGGCCCUGCCCGUGCACUGUCCGGCCAGCAUAAGCAUGUCGUUGCCCAGCGCCACCCUCAGCAGUGGCUCGGUGACCAUCACCCCCCGGGGGCGACCCAGUCAGCAAUUGGCCUCCUACUCCUUCCCAGAGCCCCCCAGCCACGUGCCCGCCCUGGAGAUUGUGCGCCUGGGACCCAACAAGCCGGCGGUGGCCAAACAGCCGCCCGCGAUGAUGACUGGCGGCCGCAUAAUGGGACCACCGGCGGCUCUGCCCAAGCAGAACCAGAACCAGGCCCAGAGCCAGGCCAAGGGCCAGGCCAAGAGAGCUGUCCAGUCGCCGCCAAUGCCCAUGCCGAUGCCCAUGCCGAUGCCGAUGCCAAUGCCGAUCCCGGCGAUUGUCAAGUCGCCGCCGCUGUCAGUGGCGCUGAGUGGGCAACGUGGCAGCCACAACUACAGCCACAACCACAAGAGCAGCAGCCACAGCAACAGCAACAAGAACAACAAUGCGGCUUAUCGCACAUCUCCGCCUGCAUUAAUAAAUCUGCGCAACACCGUUCCACUCUCGUUUCCAUCAAAGUCAGGCCCAAAGGCAGACGCCAAUUCAAAGAAAUCCCCGCCAGCUGCAGCGGCAACUGGAGGUGGUUCGACGACGGGCAGCAGCAACAGCAACAACAGCAGCAGCAGUCAAAGCAAAACCAAUGGCACCGCUGCAUUGGAUCCAUCGAAAACGGGUUUGCGCGAAUUUCGACCGCCGUUUGGCACUGCGCUGCCAGCAGCAGCCACAACUACAGCCAUGACAACGGCCCCAGCGAUUGCGGCGGCAGCAGCAGCAUUAGCCAAGGAUGCCGACAUACUUGAUUUAUCAGCGAACCCGGGUCGCAGCAGCCACAACAACAGCAGCAGCAGCAGCACCGCAACCACAAAAUUGGCUGGGACAAACAGGGCGCCCACAUCCACAUCACCGCCUGCUGGCAACAUCAGCACCACAAGCAGCAGCAACAUCAACAGCAGCAGCAGCAGCAACAGCCUGGAGGCAGCCUUAAACAAAAUCAAACAGAACAUAUCCGCCAACAGCAACGGCAAUGGAGGAGGAUUAACCUCUGGGGCAGCGUCAACAACAGCCACGGGAAACGGCACCACCACCACUACCACCAGCAGCAGCAGCAGCGGCAGCAGCAGCAGUGGCACAGCCACUGGCACUGGUACUGGCGAUGAUCUACAGAAUCUGCAUUUGCUCUCCGAAUCGGCGACGGCGCGCGAGAAGAUCUCGAUAAAGUCGGGCGGCAGCAACAUCUUCGAGAACAAGCCAAAGAAUGGGAAUGCAGUGGUGCGGCCCCAGAAUGCCUCAGUGCGGAGCAUACCCAAUCCAUCCGCACUGGCCUUUCGCAAUCAGACAACGCUUCCAGCAGCAGCAGCGGCAGCAGCAGCGGCAGCAGCAUCUCUGGCCAGUGCAAUCACCAAACCCCUGACGGUGAAGGCCGAGGAGAAGCCCAAGAUGUCAACCACCGCGCCGGGCCUGCUCAGUCCCACUGGCAGCAAUGGCAGCAGCCACAGCAGCUCUGGAUGCAGUGCAGCCACCUCGCCGCGUGCCCUCACCAAGAAACCGACGACGAUCGAUCAAGUGGCGGCCAAUUUGAAUAUUCGUGCCGAGGCCAAAGCCGCUGCCCUGGCCGAGGAGGCUCCCCUGGUGCUCACCUCCAGCUCGGCCAAGUCCCCGGAGCUGGCCAAGACGACAGCGGUGGUUACAGUGCCGGCAACAGCAACAUCAACAGUCCCAGAUCCAGCCCCAGCCGCAGUCCAGCCCGAAAUCGCAAUCGGCCCGAAGUCAGAGCCGGCCAAGGAGACGGCAAUCACCGUCCCGGCCCCCAAGGAGACGGCAAUCACCGUCUCUGCGGCCAGCACUCUCCUGUCCCUGCCCGCCCCAGCGGCGGGCAUCGUCAGCCAGUCCGAGGCCCUGCCCAAGCCGCCCGUACAGAUCGCCGCCACUGACACCCUGGCACCGGUGGCGAGUUCCGCUUAGUCACAAGCUUUUCUGUGGCUGUGCGGAACGCAAAUGUAUCUCGUGGCGCCGCUGGAGAACCUACAAAACAACAACAGCAGCAAUGACAACAACUGAGAGACAGACAACACCUGUCGUCUGACCUCGCUCCCGAAGAAAAGUGCAAUUCGUAUGAAAUCAGUUAACUUGAAAUGGACGAGAUUCGUAAGCCUUAAAAUCGACCCGGAAUACCCUCAAUAGAAAGCAAUAUACGCAAUGUACGUGUAGAAUAGAUUAGAGACCAAACCGUAUCGUUCUCAAAGCCAAGAAAAUAUUUUGCAAUUGUAUUUGGGAUACCAGUAAAUAUUCGACAAAAGGCAGGCCACAAAAAUGUUAAAAAUAUAUCGUACAAAAAAUUAAUCAAAUAUACAUACAU